AUGCUCCGGCGCAAACCGACCGCCCUAACAAUAACAAGCGAAGACAUCGCAUCCUUCGAAGAGACGCACCUACGCAAGCUCGCGUACGCACACUAUCUGAAAACCGGCGAAGAUCCGGAAGGACAAUUCCGUAACAUCACCAACAAUAACGGCCAAGGGGCACAAGACCAGCAGAAUGAGAGACAGCAGGCACAGCCGCAACAGCAACAGCGAGCGGCGUCAGGCGCCGUGGCGGUGGAUCCGAAUGAUGAGUUGAAGCCAUUGCCGGGCGAUAAGGCGCGGAUUGUGAGGAGUCGUGAGGAGAGGAUUGGUGUUGGGAGUGUUGCGACGGGUGGUGGUGGGAAUGCGAGGUGA